AUGGACGUCAUUUUGAAUGUAUUCAAUCAUGACUUGCCAUCAAACCUCCCGGUGAACAUGCAUAAUGCUCCGGAUUCGCUGCAAGGGGACUCAAGGUGCAUUUAUGGGAGCCGGGUACUAUGGCCCAUGUUCCUUUGUGCUUUGAAUAUUGAAGUGAACUUCAUGGUGCUCGAGCAACAUUUCUGCGAAACAACGAUAGAUCACCUGGUCUGGAGACAAAUGUGUCAAAAGCCAACAGUGCAGUCAAAACUUCUCUGUGCCCUUCGGGUCCGAAACGAACCACAGCAACGUCCGCCGCCAAGGGAUGGAACACCACGACAGCACACAUGGUCCGAAGUGCGGCCUUCCGUUGCAGGCGCGGUGUUGACAACACGCAGGCUAAGAAUUUGGACAAAAUAUCCCCAGGGAAACACCAAUUUAAGCUGCAAAGACAUUGUCACUUCGUCCUCUGUCCAGCUGAAGCCACUGGAAACAUCUCUACCAAGAACCAUGACUUCGGGGCAGAUACCGCGAGACGAACCUCCUUACACCCUUCAGUCAGAGGCACGAAGGAUCUACGAGGCUAUCGUCACGGACCCUCGUCUUAAGCUCCCAGAAGAAGUGAAGGGAUUGAGAGAUAGGGUUCAUUUUACUGGUGAUGAAACGGACCCUUUCUUCCCAGUUCCGUUUAAGGCAGCAGAAUCUCAGGCUGGCCUACUUGGCUACAUAGGACUGUUGGCCCUUACCAUUGCCGAAGAUCGAUAUGGUAUUGAGCAAGAAUGUCAGAUCGAUGUCUCUCAAGCCUUACUCAAUGGUCUCGGUGCUCUUUUUGUUCGCCAUGAGGGAGAAUGGUUGUCCGGCAGUCCGAAAAUGAUGGCGGCGGUCCAACGAUGGGACCAUGGUAUGACGCGGGAGCUUUAUCGGCAGCUAGCAACGAACAUAUACAAAUCAAAAGACGGGCGGUGGUAUUCGCUGCACGGCAACAUGAAUCCCACGCCGCUAUUGGAGAUGCUCAAUCUCCCACAACACAACGAGAAGAACCUCACAUGGCCGCAAAUAAUUGACUUGUACAGCAAGGUCGUCGGAGACAUCAACUCACAGCUUCUUGACGACUGGAGUAACAAUGUAUAUCGAACUCCCGGCACUUUAUGUCUUGAGAAGGAAGAGUUUGAAUCCACUCCUCAGGGGAAAGCGAUCAGGGACGAACCCUACUACAACUUGGUUCCACAGCAUCAUUAUACUCAACCUUCCGUGGCCUGGGACAAAGUGUCAUUUGACCCAGCCGACUGUCGGCCGCUCUCUGGGAUCAAAGUUCUGGAUCUUUCACGGGCAAUUGCCGCGCCCACCAUUGGCCGCGUCUGCGCAGCCUUGGGUGCAACAGUCAUUCGGGUGUCGUGCUCAAAGAAUACUGAACUGCCCAUCACACUCAUUGACGGUUGCAUCGGCAAGACUAGUGUCGACAUAGACCUCAAGACCUUCGAUGGGAGAAAGAAACUGCUCGAACUCAUUGAAGAUGCUGAUGUGUUCAUUGACGGCUAUCGCCCUGCUGUAAUGGAACACCUUGGCUUUGGCCGCGAUGCCGUCCUGGGUCUGGUGGCUAAGCGAGACAGAGGCCUUGUUUAUUGUCAGGAAAACUGCUAUGGCUGGAAAGGUCCGUGGACCACCAGACCCGGCUGGGCACAAAUCGCCGAUACUGUUUGCGGUAUUGGCAUGGACAUUGGCCGGUUCCAUGGAUAUGAUGAGCCGCACAUAUUCCCAGGCCCCAACGCCGACUACCUGACGGGCCACGCCGGCGCCGCCGGGGUUUUACAUGGUCUCUACCUCCGCAGCCGUCAAGGCGGGUCGUACGUGGUCCAAUGCUCGCUUGUCGUCUCUAAUAUGCAAAUGCAGUCCUAUGGCAAGUACACAGAGGAGCAACAGGUGCCGCUGAAGGCUCGAAACAAAGACCUGGUUGGCAGAAUACGCCACUACGAUGAGAUUGUCAGCCAUGGGAGAAAUGAAAACGUGAUCAGGGGAUUUAUCGCCAACAGGGGGUUUGAGAACGCCAUCAAAAAAGAGUACUACCAGAAGGUAGAUGGCAGCAUGUGGGGGCUAGGUGAUCUGGAUCUUGUAAAGUUGGCAUUGGAGUUCCAGGCCUGCGGAAGUCCAGCUGAUUCUGAAGCGAUGAGGACCGACUGGCAUAUUGGGCCUUGUCCGCCGGGGUAUCAUCUGCCCAAAUGGGAGCGGAAGGAAAACGAAAACUUCGAGCCAAUCCAGCCGACUCAAAGUGGUUCAGAAUAG